AUGUCCCGCAAGAAAGCUGUCCUGAUUGGAAUUAACUAUACUGGAUCCGAUCACCAGUUGAAUGGCUGUGUCAAUGACGCGAAAAACAUCGAAAACUUCCUUCGCGAGGAGCAUGGAUUCACAGAUUCCCGAGAUAUCGUGAUUUUGACCGAUGAGCCCGAGAAUGAGGGUACGCCGUUUUAUCCAACUGGAGCCAAUAUGUUAGCUGCUUUCAAGUGGCUGGUUUCGUGUAACAGCCCCGGCGACUCACUAUGGCUAUCGUACUCAGGCCAUGGAAGCCAAGUCAGAGACACCGAUGGAGAUAGAGAGAGCGGGUAUGGCUUCCUUCGUACAUCAAUAGAAAUCAAUGAACGUGCUAACAGAGCUCGGGAUCGUAGCUUGGAUGACACUAUCUGCCCCGUGGAUUUCGAACAAAACGGACAGAUCACAAGCGGCACGCUUCACAAAGCCAUCGUCUCGCCUCUGAAUCCGAAAUGCAGACUGACCAUUCUUUUCGACUGCUGUCACUCCGGUUCAGCCGUGGAGUUGCCUUACAUCUACCGGCCAGAUACCGACGGUAAUGUAUCCAUGGUCAACAACGUCAAAGAGGGUGUUUCGAUCCUCAGGGAAGUAGGAGACCUGCUUCAUGGCGGGUUUUCUAUUGAGAAAAUCAGUAAUGUCGAGGACAUACUUCAUCGUGGACAUUCACUCUUCAACCGACUCAAGAACCCGGAAGCGCCUUCCGAUGAUAGCGGACUUGCCGAUGAGAAUUUUGCCGAGGAUUGGGCCCACGAAGGAAAGGACGUUUGGAUGUUUUCAGGCUGUAGUGAUGAGCAAACCUCCGCUGAUACAAGUAUGCAAGGACUUGCAACAGGUGCCAUGAGCUGGGCAUUUUUAGCUUUCAUGCGGAAAAGUCAGCAGCCUAGCUACAUCGAGGUUCUUCAACAGACUCGGCAGUUAUUGCAGAGCAAAUUCUCUCAGAUUCCUCAACUGUCUGUUGGAGGCAAGUAUGACAUAAACCAACCAGUAUACCUAUAG